GGGAUAUCAAAGUCCUCCCGGCGGCGCGGUGCCGCCAUGUCUUCAAGAGAGAAGCGGUUAAUAGCGCUUAUCUCUAUCGUGUUCUGUGCUACCGCAAUAUUCUGUCUAGUUCUCUAUUAUAUUCCAACAUUGCUUUACAUAGCUUUUAUUCUUGGAGUUUGUUGCGUUGCCUGUUAUUAUCACAGCGGAGAAUCUCUUUACGUUAGUUUAGGCCCUCAUCCACGCCGUGGUCUGAGAAUUCCACCCGUGCUGCGACGCUGGUUGCCAGGGAUUGCAAACGGAGUACCCACAGCGGGAAGAGUUAGGAGUCGCACUGUCAAGGAUGAUGUUCGGGAAUCAGUAGUAUUUACUGGCCAGCGACGUUUCGAGAGCGCUAUUUGUCGGAAAGACGUGGGUCACAGUGACUCAUUUCUUCUCAGUCCUCGGGAUAUACUCAUGGGAAGUUACAUUGGGAAGGCAGAAAGUCCUCCCUCAGUUGGGAGGCCGCGAGCGGGUGCAAGUUCGGGUGCUAACCCCAACGCACGAGAACAGCUAACUUUACGCGAAAGAUUGGCGCGACCCAACCAGGCUGUCAGUACUCCAAACAGACGUCUGUCAUUCGGGGGGGAGCCCCUUGGCACUAUGGGCAGGUUCACCAUCACUCCCCAGCGCCACUACCCCCUCCAGCAGACGGGCACCUCCUCUGUGGGCAUCCUGCCCCCGAACCAGUGGGACGGCUUCAGAAAGAAGAAUAUUCUCACCCCUCGCAACUCUCCGUCAGUCCACAGUCCAGUCACAGUGAAGAUCGCUAGGCCAGAUCACAACACCACUCGAUCCCAGUUAUUUGAUCAUUUGAACUCCCCGGGAGUCCUUGGCUCUCCAGGCCUGGGGGCCCCUGUAGACCCCUGCUCCAGGGAGACUGUUCUGAGCGUGCUCAAAGAGAGUCGCAAAAGAGUGGUGGAAGAUGACAGGAGCUUCACUGCAGGGCAAAAGAGCAAAAGGAGGCGCCAUGACAGCAGUGGGAGUGCUCACUUGGCAUUUGAGCCACUGCUGCCCAAUGGAGCUCCAUCACAGCUGGUGCUGAAUUCUCUGAAGCGAGGGCUGAAUGCUAUGGUGGAGGAGUCAACAAUGAAGAGGUCACGCACCUCCUCCAUCAGCUCCAUGAGCUGUGGCCUGACCCCCAGCGGCACCCUGGGCUCGGUCCGCAACUCCAUCCGCAGCUCCCUCAGCUCCUCACAAGGCGUUUCUCAGUGGAAAAAAGCCUCCACCCGCAGUCUGUCCCCGCUCUCCAGCCCUGGGUCGUCCCGGUCCCAGACCCCAGAGAGAGCCUCUAAAAAGCCCAGGGAAGAGGACGCUCGCUCACCCAGCUCCGUGUCCUUGGCGAGGUCUGACAAGACGUUGACAGACCCAGCACCAACCACUGGGAAGCUGUCUCCAGCCCCUGAAGUCCCUGUGGCUUCAGCCUCGUCAGACUCUGCCGGUAGUGGGAAACGGAAACGUAAGAUUCCGCUGGUGUCCAGCCGUAGAGGAGACCAAAUCUCUUUGCCUCCACCUCCUGAGUUGGGCUACACCAUCACGGUGAAAGACCUGGAUCAGGAGAAGAAAGCCGCUCUCAGCCAGAUCAACACAGUCCUCAAAGAGCCUGAGCCAGAGAAGCCUGCUCCAGUAGUGGCCACAUCUUCUAAGCCUCCCGUGUCAGACAACCCCACACCCACCCUGCUGGCUAGCCAUCUUACCGUAUCAAUGCCUGCUAGUGUGGCGGCUCCUAUCCCUGUCAUCAACCUGGACCCUGUCCCCUCAAGCACCGUCAACACGGCCCCAGCCUACCCCGUCACCAACACCCCUGCAGCCAACCCCCUCCUGGAGUCUCUGAAAAUGAUGAGGAACAACCCCCUCACCAGUGCUGCUGCUGACAAUACUACAGCAGUGACGACCCAUGUACCACUGGUGCCUGCAGAGCAGAAGUCAAAGACCAGCUUGACUGCUCCUCAGCUCACACUACCCUCCCAGCCUGCACUACCCUCCCUCUCCCAGCCUGCACUACCCUCCCUCUCCCAGCCUGCACUACCCUCCCUCUCCCAGCCUGCACUACCCUCCCUCUCCCAGCCUGCACUACCCUCCCUCUCCCAGCCUGCACUACCCUCCCUCUCCCAGCCUGCACUACCCUCCCUCUCCCAGCCUGCACUACCCUCCCUCUCCCAGCCUGCACUACCCUCCCUCUCCCAGCCUGCACUACCCUCCCUCUCCCAGCCUGCACUACCCUCCCUCUCCCAGCCUGCACUACCCUCCCUCUCCCAGCCUGCACUACCCUCCCUCUCCCAGCCUGCCAGCACCAUGCCCUCUGCCUUCACCCAGGCACUGAGCCAAGUCACCAAGGCCCCCAGCAGUGUCCCCAUCCUGGGUGGAGCGAGCCUGUUUGGAAUGGUCAAUCCACUGACUGCCCCGUCCUCCUCACCGGCCCCCACCACUACCACAACCGCCACCACAGAAACAACCAGUAGUAAUAAUCCCCUCCUGUCCUCUGGGUUCAAGCCCAUCUUCGGGGCCACGGCCUCAACCCCAGAGGGCACACCUGCUCUUCCCACCUUUAAACCCAUAUUUGGAAGUGCCACAGCCACCAGUGCUUUUGGACAGCCAGCCUCCACCUCAGCCCCCUCCAAUGCCAGUGCAUCUGCCACAGUGUUCAGCAGGCUAACCAACAGCAGUACAGUGGCCCCAGCCGCCUCCCUGUUCACCGGGCUGUCUAAUAGCACCGCCCCCUCCACCAACCCAGCCGCCCCGCCAUCUGUCAAGUCUCUGUUCGGAAACUGGAGUGCGCUGCCUGCAACGACUGCUGCCACAACCACUGCCACAGGAAGUACCUUCCAGUUCGGCACUGCCUCCACCACAGCUCCUGGACCCACCCUCAGCUCCACCGCAGCCGCCACCACUAGCAACAGCGGCUUUUCGUUUGGUGCGAUGACCACCACCUCUGCCGACACUCAACUCGCACCCUCAGCCACCGCCCAGGGGGGAUUCACCUUUGGCCAGCCUGUAGCCACCCAGAACUCUACCACCGCAUCCUUCUGUGGCUUUGGCAUGCCCACUGCAGCCACAGCCACUGCUACUGCUUCUGCACCUGCAAACCAGUCCACUUUCACGUUUGGGAAGUCGUCGUUCGAAGCUCCGGCGGCAUCGGCGUUCCCCAGUGCGAUUCAGGCCCCGGCUGCUACUGCGGCAGCUAAUCCUUUCACGUUUGGUUCAUCUGCCACUGGGGCCACCCCUGCCCCUUUUGCCUUUGGCGCGGCUGCCACUACGGCGGCCUCUACCUUUGGGACCACUACUAAGCUGGCAUUUGGAGCCAACUCCACAGGUUUUGCAUUUGGCAACACCACGGGCACCACAGCAGCCCCUGCCUUUGGCUCUGCCACCCAGACUGUCGGCAUACUCCCAGCCUCCGCCCCAACUUUCUCGUUUGGUGGUGUGUCCACACAGCAGGCCCCUGCUACCCCUGCCCAGCCAGCCACCGGAGGUUUCAACUUCGGCGCAGCCGUUUCAGGCACUCAGUUUGGAACCUCUAACCCCACAACACAGACACCAGGCUUCAACUUUGGGACGUCUACCCCUGCUUUUGGCCAGAGCACAGCUGCAGGUCCUGUCCCCUUUGGAAGCCCAGGAACUCCAGUUCAAGGAUUCAGUGCUAUGGGAUCCUCAUCUUUUGGCUCUCCAUCAGCUCCUUCGUUCUCCAUUGGCGCUGGCUCCAAAACAUCAGGGGCGCGCCAGAGACUACAGGCCCGACGGCAGCACCCCAGGAAGAAGUAGCCCAGCCAGGUGUGGUAGCAUCUGGCAUAGCCCGGAUGCCCUUACCCAUUCAGCACAGCCAUGACAUCGUCCAGAGGAGCUGAACUGAUACUUCUAUGGCUAACACAUUGUAACCCCAGUCAGACCAACAGCCCUCUCUAGCCUUCUGUUCCCCUGGCCGGGCUGGCCCCCUUUGUGGUACAGGGUUAGCAGAGGAGCACACACACCUACUAGGAUGUCUACCACUCUACUGAUUGUGUAGCCACUCUCACAGUGAGGAAAAGAAAGGGGGAUAUGAGGCAAAACGAUAGUGGGUUUAUACUUGAAAGAGAAAAGACUAUUGAAAUCCUUUAGACUUUGAGGGAAGCAUAUCCAAUUAAAACAACUUUCUGUCCCGGCUUUUGGGUUUCCCCUACUACGCCCGUUUAAUGACACGUUUUUGACAGUCGAAUCGAGACUCGUGCUUACACACUUGUUUUUGUAUGAAAUUCUAAGCAGGGCUGUUUUAACAGCUAUACAAGGGCUGAAUGUGUUUUUCUGACAUAUGCCCACGGUCAAAAUGGGGCUCACAUACAGUAUAAUCUGUGGAUUUAUCCAGCCGUACAUGGUAACCAAACUAUAUAGGAGAUGUUGACAGUUUUGAGAUAAUGAAUUUAUUUUACAUUUUAAAGACAUUUUUAAUUUGGGUUAAUGAAGACUAGAAUGUGGCAUCUCUGCACUAGUUAGGCCUUAGCUGUUUUAAAUGAGUGCUUAGUGUAUUGGUCCCAGAUAUGCCCUUUUAUUAUUGUACAGUAUCACAGACACUGGGAAGCAUUCCUGCAAUGUAAAUUUGAUACUGAAUGACAGAAUAAGGUAAACAAUAAAAUCCUUAAUCAGACUGCCAUCAUGGGAUCAGUUAAACAUAACACAUGUAUACAUUAUGUGGAGUCCCAGGGUAGUAGUCAUUAAUGGGUCAAUAUUGUGUUGGUGUAAAUAGGUUACCCUGGACUUGUGGAGAAAACCAAAGCCAAUACUUAAGGUUUGACCUUCAAAAUAAUCUCUUCUACCACUUAGACCUUUUCAUGGGUCCUUUUUGUACUAGACUAUCUCUCCUUUUCCCCCACUACUCCUGCUCUCACCAUAGUGAAGAUGGGAGGUGGGGGCAUUCAAAACAGAUCUGGGGACUGGUUGAGAAUCUAAACAAAUCCUUUUUUCCUUGAAGUAACUUCUCCUGAGGAUUGUAUUACAUUGGCUGGGUAAAAGCCACCUAUCCUACCCUAGGUAUUACUACAAGGAAAUAAGGAUGCAUUUUAAACGUGGUCAUUAAGAGCAGGUGUGUGUUAUGGGAGCGAUGAGUAACGUGGUCCUUGAGAGCCAUAGGGGAUGGAGUCUUCCCCAGCACUGAACACAGAUUCAACUAGUCACAGUCUUGAUUGAUGAUGACCCUGCUUGAUCAGUGAAAGCCAGUGUUGUAAGUGUUCCUCACAAUGACAUGGCACAGAACAAUUUCUAUCUUGAAUGCCAGCCUCCACCUUCAUCUGACUGGCAAUGAUAGAAACUACAAACAUCUGGGCACUGUACCACAAGACCCCUGCAUCUGUAUACUAUCAAGACCAAGAUGAGUGCAUUUAUAAGAUAAUUGAAUUUGGAGUUUACAUGCUCCCCUCUUAAGCGUUGCAGAUAGACAUACUUUACGUGCGCCUUCAGCCGUCAAACCACUUUCCCCUCCCUUGUAUGAUUCCCCUCAAGUCUUUUCUGGUGUUUUUAGCUUGUUACUAUCUUUGCCUCGGUGAGUCUGGCUUGGAGGAAGUAAUGUGGUGAAUGGCGGCAUAUUGCUAGUGCCGGACGUGGUUUUACCCGUAUGCUCAAUGGGUGAGGUUCUGAGUUUUGUUGGGACUUUUUAACAAUUUAUUGAUGAAUGUGUUUGAGUGUGUCAAUACAACUGGAUUCACAAAUGUGCACAGCAGGAGAGGUGUUAUUUUCAUUAAUGCUGGAUCAAAACUCAGGACUAAAGGAACUGGGGGGGAAUUGUCUUUCAAGUCAAACCUAACUCUUUGUGCGCUAAACAUGACUAACCAUGUAGGUUACAAAAAUUACCUCGGGUGUUGAAUCGGUUCGCCCCUCUUGAGACAGAACUAGGAUUUUGAAUACUAAUUUUUAAUCGGAACCUCUCCUGGUCGAGCCAAUUAGGCUAGUUAUUGUGAGAGGUGUAUGAAUGUGUGUGGGGGGCAUGAUUUGGCUAAAUAGUGUCAAUGUACACAAACUUUAUUUUUGUAUUAAGGCAGGUUGCCUUUUAGAAUUCCUUCAAGCUUGGCUCACUGAGACAAUUGGUCUAGUUUAUAGAAAUUUUCUAGUUCGUUAAGGUUUCCUCAACCGUAAUGAAAUUGUGGAAUAAAAGCGUCUAAAAGUUUCCCUUUGUAAGAGCUCCACUUUUUUAUAGGCGAGCAUACUGGGUCUGCUACUGUAUGGGUACUGUAAAUGAAUGCUGUCUGUCUGAUCAUUGUGUACAGUAUAAGCCGGACAAACGUGAAUUGUGUUGCUUUAGACUUGAAUGAGACUUGUGGCUUUGUGUGUUACUGUGUGUGUGUGUAUAGAAAGACUGACUUGAAUGUGAGUUUAUUUUUGCUGGGACUAAAGUACCCUGUUCAUUCUUUUAAAUUAUAUUUUAAUUAUGCAUCAUUCCACGAUGUAACUAUGUAUGAUACCCAUGUUAUACUUAAAUCCCUUUUAAAACAAUUGAUAGCACCCCACCUCUGUUAUCUGGAAGUGAAGUGAGAUCAAUGAAGUCUGCCCUGUGGUCAUUUUUGACUGACAGCUUUUGAAACAAGGCUGUUUUUGUUUUGCUCAGUUUACCAGGCUUGUUUUUACAUCUUGUGAUAUCUGCUUAUGACAGAUCGGUGGACAAUGUGCUGAAGGUCAACUCAAACCAUAUUGAAUGGCCUGGCCACCUUGUUUGUUCCCAUAGACAGGACUUUAUAAUUGUCUUAUCUUGUUGGUCCAGAUCUUGCGUAUGCACAAUACAUUGAAUGUAGUAUAUUUAACCACACUGUCACAUUUUUGGGUUCAUAAUCCAUUGACACUUGUGCUUUACCCAUUUGUAAAUCGAACAGUCAUUUACCCUUGUGCAGAGCUGUGUAAAUAAGUAAUGUUUAACAUUUGGACUUAUGGCUGUACUUACCUGUGGAUUUAAUCAAGGGCCAAGGCUUUACAAUGUGUUUUUAUUUUGUUGAAGCUUCAAAUGACAUGAAAUGUUGACUUUUUAAAACAUGCAAAGUGUUCGAGCUGGACGUCUUAAAUUGAGUGUUUGAGAGGUAUAUUACUGUGAAUGGGAACGCAAACAUCUGCUCACAAUGGGCAAUUCGAGAGGAGAGUGAAUGUGCAGACAUGGGCAGCGUAUUAUAACAUUCUCCCCUCUGCUCAUGUCUUAAAUGUACUGGUUUUAAAUAAAAAUGUGAUAAAGAUAUCAUA